CGCGGCUCCCUCAGCGCCCGCUCGGGCCGGGCCGGGGCCUGUCUCGGUCUCGGUACCGGCCCAGAGGGACUCAGGCUCGGUGCCCCGGGGCUCCAGGGAGGUGUCGGUGUCGUCCCAGUGCGAUUCGGGCCCGGUGCCGGCGUGCUCAGCAUGUCGCAGGACACUUACAUCAAGCUGUGGGCAGACACGCAGCGGGAGCUGGACGCCAUGCUCCAGAGAGAGAGAGAGGAGUUCCUGCAGCCGCAGGAGGACCGGGACAAGGUGAGGAAGAUGUUGGCCACUGCCUACGUCCAGUACCUGGAGAUGUUCCGGAGGCUGGAGGCGUCCCACGACCACCUCAUCCACCAGCAGAAGCGGGCGGCGGUUCGGCAGGUGCUGGACGGGGUCAUGGGCCGCAUCCUGGAGAUCAAGAGAGAGAUGGUGACCCUGGAGAGCUGCGAGUGUCACAGCAUGGAUGGCAUCCUCAUGGAGCUCCAGCAUGUCCCGGAAGACAUAGAAAUACCCAUCCCAAAGUAUUUUGUUAAAGAAAACCUGAGAACCCUGCAGGAGAGGGAGCAAUACCUGCAGGAGAUUUUGCUGAACGCUGGUUUGCUAGAAGAGGAGCCUGUCACAGCCAUGACACUUGAAGAAGGCAUUAAAGUGAUCCAGGUGGCAGAACGGGCUCGCCAGGGCCGCGCUCGAGCAGCAUUCAUGAGGAGAAUUUACCUUGAAGAGAAAAGACAAAGUAGAAAAAGGGAGAAAAAGAGGGGUAAAAAUCCAGACCUUGCUGCCACUUGCAUUCAAAAGGUUUGGCGUGGGUACUGCCAGCGCAAGAAAACAGAGAAACUGAGAGAGGAGGAAAUGGUAUUUCUGGGCAUGAGCCUGCCUCCUGAUGUGGAGGCAAGGAGCGUUUUGCAGAAAGCAAAUGUCCUGCAAGGUGAAGUCCAGGAAAGAGAGGAGUUUUCCUUCAGGUAUGAGCUGCGAGAAGCAGAGGGGUCCCACAUCAAGGAAACCCUCCAGGACCAGAUCACCCAGUGCUUCAUCGAGUGCCGGCAUAUCACAGGCAGGUUUCCUGACUACCCCCCUGAGAAGACAGGCGGUUCCAAGGCUAUUUUUAUUGAAAAACAUCCAGAGCAGGUUGCUGAAGAGCUGGCUGCCAAAAUGGAGGCAGAGAAAACAGAGGAGACGAAGAAAGAAGACAACAAACCGGCCAAAGCCAAAAAGCCACAAAAACCUGUCAAGCAAGUAGUGGAUGAAGGCUGGAAAAUGGGUCCAAGCAAUUUCCUGUCGAUACUGGAGGAAGGAAGCUCUCAGUACCAAGUCUUUUGGGAGAACAGAGAUAACAAAUCAGAUUUUCUCCAGGAUCAUGACCCAGAGCUGAUCAAAAGAGUGGAGCGGGAAGAAGUGGAGGAAGAGAUCAGAGUGCAGGUCGAUGAAGUGAUGCAAGAGAAACUGCUGGAAGUCAAACAGGCUGUGGAUGGAGAGAUAGGUCCUCUUGGUAAAAAAACUGGGAAAGGUGACAAGGGAAAGAAGAAGACAGGAGGGAAGAAAAAGAUAGCUGAGCUGGAGAGAGAUCUGACUCCUGACAGGACCAUUGAUUCCCUGUUCCAGGAACUUGCAGAAGAAGGAUUGCUCAUCCCAGUCAAGAAUGUGAAUCUCUCUGACUACAUUGGCUACUACGACUGUGUGAAGAACAUGCUUCGUGGGACAGGUGCCCAGCCCGUGCCCUCCAUCCCAGAAGUCAGACAGCUCGUGGCACUCUAUGGAAUAUUGCCCUUGGGUUCCCAAAUCGUCCAUGAGAAUGCUCCUUUGGUGAAAUCCCUGUUGCUGGCAGGACCUGCUGGUGUUGGAAAGAAAAUGUUGGUCCAUGCCAUCUGCACAGAAGCAGGAGCCAACCUCUUCAGCAUCACUCCUUCCAACAUUGCUGGGAAGUAUCCAGGCAGGGAUGCCCUGAUAAUGAUGCUUCACAUGAUUCUCAAGGUGGGCAAGGAACUGCAGCCUUCAGUCGUGUGGAUUGGAGACACAGAGAGAAUGUUUGCCAAAGGGGCAUCAAAGGGAGAGGAUGAGGUGAACUUCAAGCGCCUGGCAAAGCUCCUGCCCCAGUUCCUGAGGGCUGUGAAACCCAAGGACAGGGUGCUGCUCGUGGGGACCACCAGGAGGCCCUUUGUUGCCAACCUGGGACCCUUCUGCAAAGUUUACCAGAAAAUCAUUCUCAUUCCGAAGCCUGACUACCUCACAAGAUUUGCACUGUGGAAGCACUACAUCCUGCUGGGUGGUGGGGCCCUCACCAAGCUGGUGAACCUGAACUGCCUGGCCCAGGUGUCGGAUGGCUUCACCCAGGGCCACAUCGUGGACGUGGUGCACACUGUGCUGACUGAGCUGAGGCUGCUGCAGAUGGCCAGGAAGCCACUGAAGACUGCUGAGUUUGUCACUUCUCUGGCCAGACACGACCCAGUGUACAGAGAGGAAGAAGAAGCAUUUCAGGCCUGGUAUGCCAAAACCCCACUGGGGAAAGCGUGGAGCGCAGCACAGGCAGCAAAGGAAGCAGGAAAAGGAAAGAAGAAAGGAAAGAAAGGAAAGAAAGGAAAAGAGAAAAAGUAACUUCCUCGAGGAUUUUUCACACAACUCUACUUCAAUGGCAGAUUAAUGCUCCUCAAGUUAUAGGUAUUCCAGGGAAAAGAAUUCCUCCCUGAAUUAAUUUUUAAAGUUAUUAAAAAAAAAUAAAAAACAGACAAGAUGUAA